UUGUAGAUUCGUAAUGGAAGGCUUUAAUUUUAUAGUGACCCAAGAGUAUAUUUAUGCUUAACCAAUUUGCCAAGUUUCAGCACGCUGAAACCAUUCUUGCGGAGAAUAUGGCGGGGAAGAGAAGAUGGGAAAGAUUCUGGCGGGAAGACGCCAUCGCCAGCUUCUGAGCUUUGAUACUCUUGCCAUGUUAGUGUUUCUAUCUGUAGUUAGUGAAUUCAGUAACAAAAGACGAUAGUGAUUUUGGAGAAUGGUGACAUUUUGAAUGGUUAUUUCAGGGAGGGAACUUGAGAAGUCGAGUUCUAAAACUUCACGGGUUUAUCUUGAAUCCCCACGAAAAGGACACUUGUGGCCACACGCAAUUUUUUUUUUUUAGUGUUGUUGUCUAAUCAAACGCCGUUGAUAUUGAAAAUCUCGAACGCAGCUUUCAACCUGUGUCUAUAUCAAAACUGGGGGAAAAAGAAGAAGAAAUUUCACACAAAAGAUCCCUUUGACAUUUCAAACAUAUGGUGCUUAUGGGGACCAAAAACAUCAGGAAGAGUGGCGAUAUUUCAUCCUCUGGCUAUGGUGGACUUUUCCUUCUCCACCAUUUUUGCUCUGCUUGGGAAGAUGAAAAGUAGUGUUGGAGCUAAAAUUUCCAUGGACGAUGAUGCUCCCAAGCUUGUUCUGCUAUCUCUGCUUCUUCUUUACCAAGGUAUGACCUUUGCUUCCAAUGACACUAUAUAUGCUAAGGGAUCACUCAAGGAUGGGAGCUUUGUCAUCUCCGAAAGUGGUAGGUUCGCUUUAGGGUUUUUCAGCCCUGGCCGGUCGAGCUACAGAUAUCUGGGGAUUUGGUAUCAUAACAAGCCAGGACAAGCUCCUGUGUGGGUAGCAAACAGGAAUGAUCCCAUCAAUGGCACUUCAGGCGUUCUAUCAAGCAACGAAUAUGGCAACCUUUUCCUAUACAGCAGCAUAGAUCAAGAGCUUCCAGUAUGGUCUGUUAACAUUUCGAGGGUGUUUCUGGAGGGGUCUUGUUUUACUCAGUUGUUAGAUUCAGGAAAUUUAGUGUUGGUCCAAGGUGCAAGUAAUAGAACAAUUGUGUGGCAAAGCUUUGAUCAUCCAACAGACACCUUGUUACCUGGCAUGAAACUGGGUCUGGAUAGGGGAACAGGUUUCAACCGCUUCGUGACUUCAUGGAGAUCAGCAGAUGACCCUGGAACAGGUGAUUUCUCAUUUAAGCUCAACCCAAAUGGCUCCCCACAGUUCUUUAUGUUCUACCAGGGUACAGUUCCCAAUUGGCGGAGCAUGCCAUGGCCCUGGGAAAUAUACCAUCAGUUCUAUAACGCCUCUUUUGUUAAUAACGAACACGGGAUACAUUACUCAUUUCUCCCGAGUGAUCAUUCUAUGGUCAUGAUGUGGAAAAUUGUCAGUUCUGGAACAAUUUUGGCGGUUGCCUGGGACGAAGUUGACGGUCAGUGGAAGGAGUUCUAUUCAGUAACGCAUCGAAAAUGUGAUGUCUAUGGUUAUUGUGGUGCUUAUGGAAAGUGUGAACCUAGCAGCCCUUUUCUUUCUGAAUGUGUUUGUUUACCUGGUUAUGAACCAAGGUCUCCAAGCAAGCUGCUCCUUGGAGGUUCAUAUGGUGGAUGUGUCAGGAAGCGAUCAAAAUCCUCUUCUUUCUGUGAGCCUGGGGAGGGGUUUGUGAGAGUUGCAAAUGUGAAGGUUCCUGAUACUUCCGCAGCCGUGUGGGUGGACAUGGGAUUGAAUGAAGUGAACUGUGAGCAUGAAUGUAGAAAGAAUUGUUCCUGCAGUGCAUAUACCACAAAGAGUAUUGUUGCGAAAGGGACUGGUUGUUUGACAUGGAAUGGAGAACUGAUGGAUACAGUUAACUUCCCGGCCCCUGAUGGUGAAAUCUAUGUUCGUGUCGAUCAAAUUGAACUAGCUGACUAUGCACUGCAAUCUAGUGGCUUUCGUGAGCUUAAGUUGAAGUUAGUCUUUCUUAUACCAUCUGUUGCUUCAGUGUGGCUUGUUGGUGUCUUGUUUGCCUAUUGGUGGCUAAAGAGGCUGAAGAAGUGGAAGAAGAGAAAAGCGACUGAUAGGCGAAUUCGAAACUUAUUUCAUCCGGGUGAAGAUGGUUCAAAUUACUUCCAAGAUUCUCCUGUGAUCAAGGAGAUCACGCGAAGUAAAAUUUAUCCAGAACUACCAUUUUUCAGCCUUAGCACUAUUCUUGCUGCUACCAACAAUUUUUCCCCUGAUAACAAACUUGGACAAGGGGGAUUUGGUUCAGUGUACAAGGGGAAAUUAAAUUCUGGAGAAGAUGUUGCUGUAAAAAGGUCGCCAAAAAAUGCCAAGGGGCUGGAACAAUUUAAAAGUGAAUUCUUUCUGAUUGCGAAAUUGCAGCACAGGAACCUUGUGAAGCUCCAUGGUUGCUGCAUUGAGGAACAAGAGCAAAUGUUGGUUUAUGAGUACUUGCCCUACAAGAGUUUGGACUCAAUUCUUUUCGUUGAUCAGACCACAAGCCCGUUCUUAGACUGGAGUAAACGUUUUAAUAUCAUACUCGGGAUUGCACGUGGGAUCUUGUAUCUUCAUCAGGAUUCAAGGUGCAGAAUUAUCCACAGAGACCUGAAAACCAGCAAUGUUCUUCUGGAUGCAGAGCUGAACCCCAAAAUUUCCGAUUUUGGAAUGGCUAGAGUAUUGGAAGGUGACCUAAUUGAGGGGAAGACACGUAGAAUUGGUGGAACUUAUGGUUACAUGUCACCAGAGUAUUUGCACCUCGGGAAGUUUUCUGUGAAAUCUGAUGUCUUCAGUUUUGGAGUGAUGUUGCUGGAGAUCGUGACUGGGAAGAAGAUCAAUGGGCUUUAUCAGGAUGAUUCUACCUUGAGCUUGAUUGGUUGUGUAUGGGAGCUAUGGAACGCAGAGAGAGUUGUGAAGAUAGUUGAUCCUUCAUUGGAAGUGUCGAAUGGGGUCCUGAGAUGCAUCCAUAUCGGGCUGCUGUGCGUUGAGGAAGAUCCCUCGGACCGACCUGAUAUGCAGGCAGUGGUUGUUAUGUUGAACAGCGAAACCAUCCCCCUUCCUGCACCAAAACGUCCUGCAUUUGUUUAUGCAAAAUCUAGAGUCGAAGAAACUGCAGCAGAAUGGUCGAGAAACGAGAUUACAUUUUCAGACACCCUUGGUCGCUGAAAAGGUACAUUGAUCUAUUAGAAGGUCGAUCUUUUAUGCAUUAUAAGGUAAAUCAGAUAUUUGACGCGUGAGUUAUCUGACACAUCGAAGGCACUUUUAUUACAGGAUUCCAGCAAUGCUCUUGUAAAGGAGGCUAGAUGUACCUGGCCUGAUCUACUUGUAACGGUUUCUGAGUGACGAGUGGACAAAAUGCAAGAGCGGUAAUGCGCUAUAGCCUUAAAUGUUACACAGAUGAUAUCUCAUGGAGGGUUAUAGUGUGGUGGUGUUACUGAAAACUCUCCCUCUCUCUCCUGCUUACAGCAAUUGAAGCUUCAUCUUGAGGGAGGAGAAUCUCGUCGUAGCAAGCUGAGCCAACCAAUCAACUAGUUUGUUGUUC